GCUAAGCUUUGGUAGCGGAAAAGGAAAUAAUUUCCCGGAGACCUGGAAUUAAAGAUUUUAAACCUCUCUAUGAUAUAUGAUUUCAAGAAACGUUUUGUGGUGUUGGAUUAUAAAGAAGAGAACGUAAGUAGGCUACUGAGAUAGUACGGAUUUGUAUUUCUGAGUAAUAUUUCAGAUCGCAUAGCCUACGCAUUUACCUGGGUAACAGUCGUCGCGAAACAGAAGGUUCAAAGAUGCCAAGAAGAAAACAGCAAGCGCCAAAGCGGGCUGCGGUGUACGUGCCUGAUGAUGAAUCAGGUUUUCAAGAGUCCAGCACAGAGGGUGAAGGGCAGAAAAGUACCCAAGCGGGGGAAGAGCUUCCUGAGGAACCCAAUCCGAAGGAGCAGAAGGACAAAGUGACAUAUGACAAAAGCAGCUACAGCCGCCAGAACUCGCCCAAAAGCAUUCUGUCCAAUCAGGAGGCUGAAUUAGAGUCCCGACUGAGUGAUGUCAGUGAUAUACCUUCCGACAAGAGUGACAUGUCUGCCCAGAGCCAGAAGUCAGAUGAAAGCAAAAGCACAAAGCUGGAGGACAGGACAAACGGUGGGUUACAGAAAAAUAGUUCCACCAACUCCAACUUCCUCUCUGACUCUUACUGGACGCGAGUUGGGCUUGGCCUCAAGGUGGGCAAAAACGGCAACAAGGGCAGCUGCGAUAGCACAAACGAAGGCAGCACCAAAAGCGAAUUUGACUGGCACCAGGAUGCACUCUCUAAACAUUUUCGCCCAAGCCAUGCUCUGAAGCCUGCCUCCAAGACAAAUCUGUUCGGUGGUGUCCACCUGCAGAGGCAGAGUGGCAGAACGUGUGGGUCUGUAUUCACCGGGGCCAGUCGAUUUCGCUGCAGGGACUGCAGCUCAGCCUACGACACCCUGGUGGAGCUGACAGUCCACAUGAACAGGAGUGGACACUACCACGAUGACAACCAUGGCACUAACAGCACAUCCAAGGGGUCAAAAAAGGGCUCGCAAGUCCAAGAGGGUAAGGAAGAUGCCCAGAAGGUCCUCAAGUGCAUGUUCUGUGGCCAUUCUUUCGAUGCCCUCCAGGACUUAAGUGUCCACAUGAUAAAGACUAAGCAUUACCAAAAAGUGCCUUUGAAAGAGCCCAUUCCUGUACUGCCGGCUAAAUUAGUGCCACACGGUAAGAAACGAACACAUGAAGGCACCAGGCCUUGUUCUCCUGACUCCACAACAGGGGUGGUCGCCAGAAUCAAUCCACUAAUGUCGCAUGCCUCACACAGUUCCCAAGCGAGUUAUGGGUAUCAGAACGGCGCCAGCUACACAUUUCAGUUUGAGACGUGCAAGUCCCAGAUUCUGAAGUGCAUGGAGUGCGGGAGCUCGCACGAAACCCUGCAGCAGCUCACCGCUCACAUGAUGGUGACCGGACACUUUGUCAAGGUAACAAACUCUGCCUCUAAGAAGGGUAAACUCCUAGCAAUGAACCCUGCGUCUGUGGAGAAGAUGCAGUCGCUAUCACCAUCCCCGGGAAAGGAAAUACUGCAUGAUGGCGAGCUCGAUAAAGCAUUGCAGAAAACCUCUACUGGGGACGCUAAGGAUAUGCAUGAGGAAAAGGUGGAAGAGGACACAAAGAGCAGAAGUGCUGAAGGAAAUACAGACAAAGUGAAUAUUGAGGGCGAAAGGCCAGGGGACACAGAGUUUAAGACCCAGUACCUGCGCGAAGAGGACCUUGUGCAGGUAUCGACAGGAGGAGGAGAUAUACUGAAGUCUUUAGCCAACACGGUCACCUCUGCCAUCAACAAAGCUCAAACUGGAACCCCCAGCUGGAGUGCCUAUCCCAGCAUCCAUGCCGCAUACCAGUUUUCAGGACUGCCGAAAAACUCCACCCUGCCGACAGCACCGCCUGUCCAGCUGAAACAGGCCUUAAACAAUAAACUGAGAGUAAUAGCCCCAAAGGGAAUGCUGCACCAGCCUGGCCGGGGGGCAAAGUUUUUCCAAGCGCAACAUCACAGUUCGGACAUGAAAAAAGAGAACGGCGGCCCUCGUGACCCCAGCAAGGGGUGCCGAAACGCGAAGGCUGGCCAUGGCGAAAAAGACGGAGGCGAUGGAAAAGAGGUUUCUCCACAGCCUCGUGACUGUGGGGAAAAAGGCAGUGAUGCGAUCAAAAAGAGGCUGAGCCCUCAAUUCCCAGACAAGAAAGGUAAGGACUCCCCAUAUUCUCUUACCAGCAACGGGUCAGCCCUCAUCUGCAACUCUCCUGAGGUGACGCGCACAAACCCUCUAAGUGCACUGCAGUCUGUUUUUAACAAUCAUCUGGGGAAAGAUAAAAAACCAUCCAUUGAAAUGUCAGAAACAGAUCUUCUUGCUAGUGUCCAGACAACACUGUCGAAAGUCAGCAGAAAUCUGGACAGCCCCGCUUUACUGACUGUUCCCUCCAGACCAAGAAGGGUUACCAAGGAGUUUCUGUCGGAGAGCAGUGAUCAGCCAAUGGACUUAACCCAAUCCAAAAGGCCUAAACUAAGCACCUCCUGCCUGCAGUCGUGCACUCCAGUACAGCGGAAACACGCUUUAUCCGACAUUGCUGAUAUGGUCAAGAUUCUUCCAAAAGCCACAACGCCAAAGCCUUCACUGCCUUCAAAACCGCCCAGGAUGAAACUUGAAACGGACAUGCAAUGCUUUGAAGACAUGUCCCAUAAGCGAAAGGGUAGGCAGUCCAACUGGAACCCGCAGCACCUCCUUAUUUUGCAAGCUCAGUUCGCUUCCAGCCUUUUCCUGACCACUGAGGGCAAGUACUUGCUAUCAGACCUUGGACCUCAGGAACGAUUGCAUAUAUCCAAGUUUACUGGACUCUCCCUGACCACCAUUAGCCACUGGUUGGCAAAUGUGAAAUAUCAGUUGAGGAAAACAGGAGGUACAAAGUUCUUGAAGAACAUGGACUCGGGCCAUCCCGUCUUGCACUGCAAUGAUUGCGCAAUUAAAUUCCGGACACCUUCCACUUUCAUAUCCCAUCUAGAAUCCCACCUUGGGUUCCAAAUAAAAGACAUAGGUAAACUUUCAAUUGACCAUCAAUCAAAAGCCGAGCCAGAGUUCACCAAGUCUGUAGUGGAAAGACCAGCUGAAACACAAACUGCAGAAGAUGAAAUUGACACCAAGUUCAAGUGCAAGCUUUGCUGUCGAGCAUUCGUCAGCAACCAUGCUGUCAAACUCCAUUUAAGUAAAACUCACAGCAAAUCACCAGAGAACCAUUCACAAUUUGUAGAAAUGGACCAAGAAUAGCGUAAUUGGUAAAAACAAAUGUUGCUGUCUAUUUAAUGUAAGUCUUAAUUUAAUUUAGGUCAUUGGUAUUUAUUGUAAUUGUUUGCCAUUUUCAUUUUCAUUUGUAGGUCAGUUUCACUUAACAUAAUUUCAAGUAACAUUACUUAAAAUAUUACCAUCCAUUUUGGAAUAAACUGAUAUGCACAUUACUUAACAGUUGGACCUUUGAGGAGUUUUGAUGAUGGAAACAUAGAUCAGGGAUAAAUAACCUUUUUGCAAUAUGUUUUGAUGCAUCACCAAUAAUAAGCUGUAUUACUGCUUGAUAAAUAAUUGCUGACAUUUGCAUGCAAUAGCACUGGCUAUGACCAUUUAUUUGUAUGAUAUGCCAAGGUUUCAUUUUAGUACACAAAUUAUAUGUUGAUUAAUGUGAUUUGAAGUUCAAUGACAAUUCAACUGA